CGCGCGCCGGAAGCGGGUUUUGCAUGCGGCCGGCGACGCUGGCGGGGCUGGCGCGGGCGGCGGAGGCGGUGGGGCCGGGCCGCGGCUGUGGCGACCGCCUGCUGCUGCCGGCCCGGCCCGACCCGCGGGGCUGGAAGGAGGCGGUGGCGGCCGCUGCGGGUGCCCUGCAGGCGGGCGGGCUGGUGGCGCUGCCCACCGACACGGUUUACGGCGUGGCCUGCUUGGCCCAGGACUCCGCCGCCGUGCGGAGCAUCUACAGCCUGAAGGGGCGGAACGGGGGGAAGCCGCUGGCCAUCUGCCUGGGGGACGUGGAGCGGCUCUACAGGUACUGCCAGGUGAACGUGCCGGACGAGCUGCUGCGGGACCUGCUGCCAGGGCCUGUGACCCUGGUCUUGAAGCGUUCGGAAGAACUAAAUAAAGACUUGAAUCCUUUCACAUCGCUGGUGGGUGUUCGUAUUCCAAACCACCCUUUUGUUAGGGAGCUGGCACGAGCUUGCUCUGGACCACUGGCUUUAACAAGUGCUAACAUCAGCUGUCAGGCAAGCACGCUCACGGUUUCGGAAUUCCAAGACCUGUGGCCUCAGUUGUCCUUAAUCAUCGAUGGAGGCCCGAUAGGGGAUGUCCAGAGCCCAGAGUGUCGUUUGGGGUCAACCGUGGUUGACUUAUCUGUGUCGGGGAAAUUCACCAUCAUUCGGCCUGGCUGCGCACUGACAUCUACAGUUGAAAUCCUGAAGCAGAAGUACGGCUUGAUACCAGAAUCAGCUUAAGACUUGGGACUCUGAGGAGGCUCUGCAGAGCUGGUAAAGCUGGGCACCGUGUGCCCGCGCAUUCAGGAAAUGGGCGUUCAUGGCCUUGUUUAAUAAGGUCGAUGGGUUAUGUCAAGGUUAAUAACCAAAAGAUUUAAAAAAAAAAAAAAUUAAAAAAAAAAAAGAGAGAGCAACAGUUGAUAUGUAUCUGUUAAUUAGUAUCACAUCUGCCGUAGUCUGAGGAAACCAACCCAGAUACGUAUGCUGAGCUCUUCGUGCUGCUGUACCAUUCCCAGAUACCUGUCUGGUUUGCUAACGUGAUUAGGCCUUUGAAAUUUGAACUUUAGACUGUUCUCAAGGCGGGAUGAUGAAGAUAGUGUCUGAUCCACCCUCCCCUUAACACUCAUUCCAUGUCUUUGUUUAUUGUAUCUGCACUGAAAGACAAGCAAAGUUGGAAAAGAGGUUUUUUUGCGCUUUCAUGGUGUUAGAGCUAAGGUGUUCUCUGGCUGUUUUUCUCUGUUCUGAAUGUAAUCAAAACCUGCUGCUGAGAUGAAACUGUGUAAGUGCUUUUGAAAAUUAACAGUUGGUUAAAGGGUCCCUAUCUAGACAAGAGCUGCUCAGAAAGACCUGAUUCUCUCCUCGUAUAAAGAAUGAAAACAAGCUCUUAGUGUGCUGGUCUUCAUUUUUUUAAACGUGGACUUCCCGCUCUUGAUUCUGUUCUGAAAGCAGUGCUAAGCUGAAGUAAAUAGGAAAUGGAUGGAAGUUUCCUCUGGUAUUUAUUCUUCGUUGUUAAAGUAAAGUUUAUGGAGCUGCUAUUAAUUUAAAAACUGGUAAGCAACUUGCCUGAUUUUGUUAUAAAUACUUAUUUUUAGACAUUAUUGUCCAUCCCUGUUGACAGACUUAGGUGCUUAGUAAGAACGUGUAUGCAGUCAUCAUAAAUAGAAUCUUGUUUCACA